UGGUGCGCCCAACCUCCCCUCCCGGCCUCCCACCUUCCUCUCUCCAGGCACUGCACACAUAAACCACAGUGGGAGACAGGCUUGGUCCCUUGCACUGGGAAGCGGCUGCUCCCUCCCUUGCUCACACAGGGUUUUGCCGUAGUGGUGGCAGCGCGGUGGAAUCCGGCACUGGGGAAGCAAUUGAUUCGUCCACUGCCAGCAGCCCAGAGUUGCCUACGCGGACUGAAGAGGAAAGGGGGGGGGGGGCGGCGGAAGAGGGAGAGGGAGAGAGAGGGAGCGAGAGGCUCGCAGAGCAAAACCCUUCAUCCAUGUGGAGGACAGUCUGAGGGAGCCACUGUCUUCGCCUCGUCCACUGACUCACUGGCUGGUCUGAGUUUUCUCCUCUCCUGGCAGUGGCACCUCCGCUGAGCUUUCCAACCAAGUCAUCAGGACUUAGCAUCUUCCUACUCGGCAGAGAAGAGAGGAGUUGGCAAGAAUUUGGCUCACCCGUUCCCCCUGCAAUCCUCUGGUGUCGCGGAGAACUUGCCAUCACCAUGACUGACACCGUGCUCAGCAGCAGUUCUAACCGCUGGAUGUACACCAAUGACCAGCCCCUUCAAUCCAGUGAUAAAGAACAGCUCCAGGCAGGCUGGUCUGUCCACCCUGGUGGUCAGCCGGACAGGCAGAGGAAGCAGGAAGAGCUGACCGAUGAGGAGAAGGAGAUCAUCAACAGGGUGAUCGCUCGAGCAGAGAAGAUGGAGGAGAUGGAGCAGGAGCGAAUUGGGCGCCUGGUGGACCGCCUGGAGACCAUGAGGAAGAAUGUGGCCGGGGAUGGGGUGAACCGCUGCAUCCUGUGUGGGGAACAGCUGGGGAUGCUGGGCUCUGCCUGCGUGGUGUGUGAGGACUGUAAGAAGAAUGUGUGCACCAAGUGUGGGGUGCAGACCUCCAACAACCGCCUGCACUCGGUGUGGCUGUGCAAGAUCUGCAUCGAGCAGAGAGAGGUAUGGAAGCGUUCUGGAGCGUGGUUCUUCAAAGGCUUCCCCAAACAGGUCCUCCCACAGCCUAUGCCAAUAAAGAAGACCAAGCCUCAGCAGCCAACCGAGCCAGCGGCCCCUGAGCAGCCUGCCCCAGAGCACAAGCACACUGCCCGGGCUCCUGCUCGAGGUGACACUGAAGACAGAAGGGGCCCAGGUCAGAAGACAGGCCCUGACGUGACCUCUGCUCCUGGGCGAGGAAGCUAUGGGCCUCCAAUGCGCAGGGCCUCUGAGGUACGAAUGAGUGCUUCCAGCCGCGAUUCGGAGAGCUGGGACCACAGCGGAGGUGCUGGAGACUCUAGCCGGAGCCCAGCAGGUUUGAGACGGGCCAACUCAGUCCACGCCUCCAGACCUGCCCUGGGCUCAGUGCAGGGCCCAGCACCGCCUCAGCCUGGACAGCCAGGACCCCCCGGAGGCAGCAGAGCUGGUUCUGGGCCAGCAGGGCGCUUUCCAGAUCAGAAACCAGAGGUGGCUCUGAGUGACCCCGGGACCACCGCCCCACCCCGAGAGGAGAGGACAGCGGGAGUUGGGGGCUACUCGAUAGUUGGAGCCAGGGAAGACCGAGCGGGCUACCUGCCGGGACCCUAUUCCCAAGCGUCUGCGGCGGCCCCGCAGCCCACCGUGGCCCCCGCCCGCCAGCAGCCACCCCCAGACGAGGAGGAGGAGGAGGCCAACAGCUACGACUCAGAUGAAGCCACCACCCUAGGUGCCCUGGAAUUCAGCCUCCUCUACGACCAGGACAACAGCUCCCUGCAGUGCACCAUCAUCAAGGCCAAGGGGCUGAAGCCCAUGGAUUCAAACGGCUUGGCUGAUCCCUAUGUCAAGCUGCACCUCCUGCCGGGAGCCAGCAAGUCCAACAAGCUUCGUACAAAAACUCUGCGGAAUACCCGGAACCCCAUCUGGAAUGAGACCCUCGUCUACCACGGCAUCACAGAUGAGGACAUGCAAAGGAAGACCCUCAGGAUCUCUGUCUGUGAUGAGGACAAGUUUGGCCAUAAUGAGUUUAUUGGUGAGACCAGAUUCUCCCUCAAGAAACUGAAGCCCAACCAGAGGAAGAAUUUCAAUAUCUGCCUGGAGCGUGUGAUUCCUAUGAAGCGUGCCGGAACCACUGGGUCAGCCCGGGGCAUGGCCCUGUAUGAGGAGGAGCAGGUGGAGCGUAUCGGUGACAUCGAGGAGCGUGGCAAGAUCCUGGUGUCCCUCAUGUACAGCACACAGCAGGGAGGCCUCAUCGUGGGCAUCGUCCGCUGCGUGCACCUGGCUGCCAUGGAUGCCAAUGGCUACUCAGAUCCAUUCGUCAAGCUCUGGCUGAAACCAGACAUGGGAAAGAAGGCCAAACACAAGACUCAAAUUAAAAAGAAAACUUUGAAUCCCGAAUUUAAUGAGGAGUUUUUCUAUGACAUCAAACACAGUGACCUGGCGAAGAAGUCACUGGACAUCUCUGUCUGGGACUACGACAUCGGCAAGUCCAACGAUUACAUUGGAGGCUGCCAGCUGGGAAUCUCUGCCAAGGGAGAACGCUUAAAACACUGGUACGAGUGUCUGAAAAACAAGGACAAGAAGAUCGAGCGCUGGCACCAGCUACAGAACGAGAACCAUGUGUCUAGUGAUUAGGAUCAUGUCGAGGCCCUCAGCUCCACAUCCCGCCCUUGCCCAGAUCACCCCAUCCUGCCCUAGCUGCCCACUGCGCUCUGGUCUCUCUUCUCUAUGCCUACCUCCCCCUGUCCCCUGCUGCCCCCCUGAGCCUGCCUUCAAGGCCCUCCUCACAUCGGGCACUGCUGCCAAAGACUCCUCCCUCCCCGAUGCUGGGAUGUGGGCUCUGAAUCCAGCCCCUCUCUGGUCCCCAGGAUGGAGCGUGGGGAUGGGGGAGGGAGAUGUUUACAAAGAGGUUGAUCACUGAGUAACCUCUCUGUUUGGGUAUCAUUUGGGACUGUUUUAGAACCUCCUGGCCUUGAAAACACACACACACACACACACACACACACACACACACAC